AAUUGUUCCCAUUUUCAUGUUCAUCUGUCACUCCUCUUUCUUCUUCUUCUUCUUCCUCUUCUUCUUCUUUAACACUUCAAAUUCAGACACAGAGACCACUCGUUUCACAAGCUCCAUCUAUUAUCAUACUCAGAUCUUGAUCACACAAUGGUUGAUCACCAUGACCCUGAGAACACUUCCAUUUUAAGGUUCAAUGCGCUUUGGGAAGCGCAUUACCGCCAUGAUUCCCUGCUAGUUUUCUCGACCGGAAGGUCUCCCACGCUAUACAAACAGUUGAGGAAGGAGAAGCCCAUGAUAACUCCAGAUAUAACCAUAAUGUCUGUAGGGACCGAGAUAACGUAUGGUAAAUCGAUGGUGCCGGAUGAUGGUUGGGUUCAGUUUUUGAAUCAGAAAUGGGACAAGGACAUAGUCAUAGAGGAAACAAGCAAGUUUCCUGAACUUAGUCGUCAGGCAGAAACGGAACAAAGGCCGCACAAAGUUAGCUUUUAUGUCAAGAAAGAGAAGGCUGAACAAGUGACAGAGGCCCUUAAUAAGGUUCUCAAAGGGCGUGGGUUGGAUGUUAAAAUAAUAUAUAGUGGAGGAAUCGAUUUGGAUAUACUACCACAAGGUGCUGGCAAAGGUCAAGCUCUUGCUUAUCUGCUCAAAAAAUUUGAGAGCGAAGGAAAACGACCUGUUAAUACUCUUGUUUGUGGUGACUCUGGAAAUGAUGCUGAGCUGUUCAGCAUUCCAGGAGUCCAUGGCGUCAUGGUAAGCAAUGCCCAAGAAGAAUUGUUGCAGUGGUAUGCUGCAAAUGCUAAAAAUAACCCCAAGAUUCUUCAUGCCUCAGAGCGAUGUGCAGCCGGGAUUAUACAAGCUAUAGGUCAUUUCAAGUUAGGCACAAACAUUUCGCCUAGAGAUGUUUCAGAUCUUACAAAAGACAUUGAAAAUGCGCAUCCAGCACACGAAGUAGUGAACUUCAACUUGUUACUGGAAAAGUGGAGGCGUGCAGAAGUUGAGGACACUGAGCUGUUUCUUGCUGGACUAAAGGCUGUUGCUCAUCCAACCGGUAUUUUUAUCCAUCCUUCUGGUACUGAGCAUCAUAUCAAGGACCAUCUAAAUAUUUUGAGGAAGGUGUACGGUGACAGCCAAGGAAAACCAUUGAAGAUUUGGGUGGAUGAUGUGUCAGCUUCACAGAUUGGUUCGGAUACAUGGCUAUUGAAGUUUGACAAGUGGGAACUAUAUGGUGAAGAACGGCAAGGUUGUGUUGUCACUGCCAUUAUGAGUACAAAGGAGUCCAAUUGGUUCACUUGGGUGCAUAUCCAUCAGACUUUUUUGGAACAAUCAGGGAAGCAAGAAUGGAUGUUUUAAACAGUUCCUAUGACUCGUUGAAGUUGCCGAGCGCCUUGUAAUUCCGUUCGAAAUAAAAUGUGAUGUACAAAACCAAUUUCUGCAUAUGAAUUCUUCAAAGAUCACCUCUGAUGUGAAGGUGUCUUAUACUGACAUUUCAUAUGUAUUUCAAUUUCACUGUAAAAUCUCCUGCUUGCAGAGCCUUCUUGAGAAAUCACACUCUUUAACAUCUAAACUUGAGUAUUAUUCAUUUCUAUGCUAUGUCACGUUUGGUUUUUA